AUGGUCGGCGCGGAGGGCCCCGUCGGCUCGUGCGCUGCGUCUGCUAUCAGCGAUGUGGGGUCGACCAACGACGUGCACACACCCAAAGUUGUUCUCCUCGGCCCACGGCGUGCGGGUAAGUCGAGUCUCUGCAAGGUCGUAUACGAGUCGUACCUGCCGAACGAUACCCUCUUCUUGACCCCCACGAUGCGCAUACAAAAGAUCAACACACACACGUUCCAGAGGCUGCAGCUCUGGGACGUGCCUGGCAGCUCUUUGAUGUCAUUCUCCGGGGGGGCGCUCGCCGCCGGGCCCGCGCCGGGCCUUGCGGACCUCGAUAUUCCCUGGGCGGACGUGUGUGCCGUCAUCUUCGUGAUAGAUGCGCAGGACGACUACUUUGAUGCAGUCACGAAACUAAACCAGGUGGUCGUUACUGUGUUCAGCUGCAACAAGGCGAUACAAUUUCACGUAUUCAUUAACAAGGUCGACGGCCUAAGCGAAGACUACAAGUACGAUACCCAGCGCGAUAUUGAGCAGCGUGUGAUGGAAGGCCUUAUUGACUCGUCGCACGAGCUCCAGGACAACGGCGAGCCUGUCGAUCUUGAUCGGCAAGUGAACAUCAAGUUCUACUUGACGUCCAUCUUUGACUCGAGUGUGUUUGUUGCCUUCUCGCGCAUCCAACAGCAACUGCUCCAGGGCCUGAACGAGCCGAACCCGGCGUCGCCCUCUGUGCGCAUGGUCUCGCUCACCGAAGCACUUGAGACCGCGUGCAAUCUACUGUGCUCUACAUGCCAGUUUGAGAAGGCCUAUCUUUUUGACAUACCGAGCCGCACGUUCGUGGCGUGCGACACGUCGCCCUUUGACCUGUCGCUCUUCGACGUCAUGUACCAAUACAUCCGCUUCCUGCGUCAGUUCACGGAGCUGUACCAGACGGAGAGCGACGUCCAGACGGCGGAUGCGCCGGCGCACGCACGCACAUGGUCCACGAGCGUUGUGCAGUUCACCUCUGACACGACCGUCGCAUUUUGGCAGCUUGACAGGGCCACAUACAGGCGAGCCACACGAGCAUUCUCGUACGUCGCGCCCACUCACCCCAGGAUUACAACGUGGGCCUCUUCCGGCGCGCCGUUGCCAAGCUCGCCGCCCUGCCGUAGAUAUCACGUGCCAAGUACCGCCGCCGCAGGUCGGACGAGCGACACGAUGAGUGCCGACGUGGCGGCGCCCGUGGACGCCGGCAGUGACCGCUUCGUAGCGCGCCCCGUGCGCUACUGUGAGAUCUGCUCGUUUCCUUACGAGUACUGUGAAUACGGCUCGUCGCUCUCGCGUUGCAAGGCGAACCUAGAGGCGAAGGACCCGGACUUGUUCCGCCAGCUGUACUCGGACGAGGCGCUGGAAGACAAGCUCAAGUCGCUCACGACCGAGCAGGCCGAGUCGCUCGAGCGCGAGAGUGCGAAGAAGGAGCGCAAGGCGGCCGCGAAGGCCGAAAAGGAGCGUGCCCAGCUGGCCGCCUCCAAAAUUGUGCUGUCGCGUGUCGCGCGCACGAAGCGCAAGGUCAUUACCUGCAUCCACGGACUGCACCAGUUCUCGCCGCCCAUGCCAGCGCUCAAGGUCAUCGCCAAAGGCGUGCAGCACCCCGGCAUUGACGAAAUCCACAUCCAGGGUGAUGUCGCCCACGAGCUUGUGGCUCUGAUUGCGCAGCGCGCCAAGCCGUUUGAUGCGAUGCCGAGCGAGGCGGAUGGCGGCGUGCUCGAAAAGAACAUCGUGAUUGACGACAAGGCCAAGUAG